GCGGUCCACAAUAGCGCACGCUUUCUCAUGCUGUCUAUGGUUCCAGGAGAUUCUUGUCCCCCCUUCUCCUGCAGGUGCAGAGGUAGACCUUGCAGAGAGGUCUGUUCCCCGUUGGAUUUUCCCGUCACGGCAUCUGUCUGAAUUACAUUACCCUAAUGCUUACUUCAAAAGAGAAGCAAGGAAUGCAAGAGCUACUCGAACUACUUCCUCCUGAUGAUCUACUCAGUUUGACAAGGACGGCCACUGGAUGUGUCGUCCCAGAAACCGUCACAGAGGCAAUAGAUGCCAUCAUCCUUGCCACAGAUCAGCCACUGAAGUUGUUGAGGCGGCAAAAGAUCACUUAUAAGCUCCUCCUGACUUACUUGUUGAAGAUGGGAAUCCCAUUUGAUGCCACAGGAGGAAAGGUUCCAUUAAUUUUUGCCAUCCUCAAAUAUUGGGGAUCUGAUACGAGGGAUAGUGAGGCUGAUGAACAGCUUUCAAGGGGAGAUGAAGAGCCUGCAGCUCAAGCAGUUGAUCCCAUAGAUUCUGGCACUCAACAUGGGGGUGAGCCUCCUGAUGUAAGAGAAUUUGCUUCAGCCUUUGCUCAAUGGUACUAUGACCUUUUGAAUGGAACUGUGGCAAGGAAGCUGUCUGUCCUGGCAGAACAAAAAUCUCCUCUGACACUCACAUUGCACCCAUUGGAGGAAUUUGGGAAGCAACAUUUCUUUGAUGAUGCCAGCAUGAGACUGCGAGUUUUUGACCAGUCAGAUAAUCUUGUGCACCAGGAAGAAUGCUAUGGGUGUGAGCAGGUUUCAGCUUGCCUUCUAAAUGCAGUUGUGUCUCAUAAUCUUCUAAUGAAUCCAAAUAUGAGCCCAGGGGGAAUUGGAGGUGCUCAGAGCCCUCAUGGACUCAUCAAAGUCAUGUGCUGUGGCACACUCCAAACAAGUGGAAGAGUUUGUGGAAUCUUUGAGCAAAUCUUUGGCUUGGUUCGAGAUAUCCUGGCAGGGAACAGUUGGAAGAUAAAGUCAACAGAGUUGACCAUGAAGAGUCAGUCUGCUCCUUCAGCAUCUUCACUCCCCCAAAAAUCCCAGUUGCCUUCUCUACCUUCUCAUUGAGAUGUAUCUUAGUUCAGUGAUUGAAUUGAUGAAACUUCUGGUCAUUUUUAAGUGGAGUGAAGUGGUUGGAGUGAAAUUAGGCUCUGUCAAAUAUCUCUUGUCAUGAGUGUGGGGAGUGUGAGUCUACAUGGGGUGCAUUCUUGUUUAGCUCAUGGUAAUUCCUUGAGGAGAUGCUGACCAGGCCUUAUCUCCCAUAUAUAGCAAUGGCAUAAAGGUGGUAUGUUUGAGCUGAUAAAAAAAAAAUUCCAAGAAGAUAUAGACAUUUACUAUUUGCAUGUGGCCAUGCAUUGUGUGAGUUUGGUUAUAUUCAGUUAUUUUGUUAUGGAAAAACAAAGAAUUUAGGCCUACUGAUGCACUUUUGCCUUAUUUUUCGGAGAAUCAAUUCUUUGAUUUCCAGUCAUAAGCUUCUCUUUUUGUGUCACUGGAGUCAAAUGUUGCACAUGAUU